AUGUAUGCAUAUUCAAUCGAAAAAGUACAUUUUUGUGAAAGUCAAUGUUUAGGUGGUAAAUUACCCGAUACUGCUAAUGUUACUAUUCAAAUUGGUGGUACACAAGUUCAUGAACGAUAUGCAACUAAACAAAAUGAUUUCGAUGAAAAAAAAUUUAAUCAACUCAUUAACUAUCUUGAUCCACGACUUGAAUAUAUUCGUGUCAUUAUUAUUGAAUGGUCAACAAAAUUCUCAAUUUCCAUAGCACGCACUGUUUCACCAGAUAAUCAAUAUAGUUCACGUUUACUCAACGCUCGGCGUUGUGAAAAUUUCGAUGAUUAA